UUCGGCUAUAAGCUUCAGAUGUACACCAUACAAGAAUUGGGGAACCAAUCCACACAUAAUUUUUGAGACGAGUUUUAUCCAUAAUAGCAUACUUUUUGAAACGCAUUUAUAUUUUUUUUUAUUCUCAAUGGAUGAAAGCAAACACAGUUUAGGGGAAUCCACUACAGGCGACAAAAUAAAUGAACACAAUGACUCCAAACAGUUCGACAAAGUUAUGGAGGAACGAAUAGAAAAUGUUCCACAAGAACACAGGAAGAAGCGAUUACAGGGAAGCAAAUUACCAGUAUUUUAUAGCUCAAAUUCUUCUGUUGAUCAUUCAGGCCACACUUUGGGGGCAAACAAAAAAAAAAGAAAAAGCAUAGAAGACGCGCAUUUAGGUAAAAAGACAAAGCCAACUCGUAUACCGCGUCCAAAAAAGUGUAUAACACGAAAAUCAUCGAUACAUUCCUUACAAAAACAUGUUGAAGAGGCUGAGAAAAACGUGGUGCGAGUCCAUCGACUCUGUCUGUGCUCGGAAGACGGCCGCCCAUACAAUUCUUGGCCUAUCGGUUUGGCGAAAGAGCCAACCAGCUCGCGGCCGAUCCCCAACAUCACCAGCACUUACAGAAGAACAAUAGCGAGCGAACAAAUUAAUGAUUGGUUGCGGGAAAAUGUAAGCAAUCCGAACAUGGUGCCACGUGGAGCCACCAACUCAGCUCAUAGCUACAUUGAUGACACUAAUUUGGGCAGUACAGGUGCCCCAGAAUAUUACUUGGAUGUAAAAACAAUUAACUCAAAAUUACUCCACAAAUGUGCUAAAAAACAGAAAACUAAUACCACAAGAGAAAAUGAAGUGGAACCAAUACGACAAGACCAAGACCUCGAAACUAAAACCGCAGAAAAUACCAAAAAUAUCAAUGAAAAGAAAGCGUCGAUUGAAACGGUGCCCUCAGAGGUUGAACAAAAUACUACCGACUUCGAAAGAGAUGGUCACGUGAUAGACGUGGUAGGCAGCAGCUGGACCGAGACCGGCAUCGAGAACCGCGAGGACGAUCUCACUGAGAAGCCGAGUGACUACUCUGAUUGCUAUCAACAACGGUAUGAGACCCCGAUUACUGCAUUUAUGGCCGAAACAUGCAACACUUCCAUUAAAAAUAAUGUUUCCCACGAAAGAUCUAACUAUUCAGGCCAAUCCCGUUUCUCAAAGUUCAAGUAUAAAUGCUGGUAUUGUCGGCAAAAUGGAAAUGGAGAAGGCAGCAUAUUCCGACGAAGAAACAAUACAAGAGGUAUCAAUCGAAGGCGUUUCAAUUUCAACUUCAUGAAGGCUAGAACUGUAUCGCAUAAUUGGAUUAAACGUCGUCCUUUCUACAAAACGUUUAAUCAGAAAUCUGUGUGGAAAGAGAUCGGAUCACAGACGCCAGCGGCUUGCCUCCGUGAUAGAAGUAUAAAUUGUUACAUUCUCAAUACGAAAUCAAGAGUUUCAGCAUACGUUGUCAAGAAGGCCAGUCCUGUUAUAAGUGCUGCGAUAUCACUAGGUGAUCCACAAUCUUUGGUUUCAUCUAACGAAACAUUAGAUUCGAAUAUGAAUAACGCAACUGAAAUAAUAUUAAGCGAUGAGACAUCGAAAAAUAUGGAAAGUUUACAACUUUCUACAAAAUCACAUAGCGAUGAAAUAGAACGGAACAUUUCCAGUGACAAUGAAGAUAACUUAGUAAGAUCUACCCAUGAAGAUUUCGAAGAUAUAACAACGGAAAACUUCUUGACAUUAAGUAACCAAGAAAUCACAACAUCCUCUAACGAAAAUUUAAAAAUGAAUGGCAGCCCAACGGCUUAUUCAAAAAAUACUAGCAUUGAUUUAGCCAUCACUAAUAUUCCUCUAUUUAUUGAAAAACCUUUAGUCAUACACAACAGUAUGGAACAAACCAACAGUUCUCUAAUAAAUUCAACUCCAUUAGCUCCUGAUAUUGUGCUACCUUUAUGCCAUGAUAUUUCUUGUAACAAAGUAUUUUGUAAACCUUCCAUGAGCAAUGAGCCUAUCAAAGCAGAAAACCCUCAACUGACUGUUGAGAAACAUGAAAUAGAACCCUACGAUUCCACAUUGGAAAAAGCAAAUGAAGCAAAUUUUUUGAUAAUUCCUGAUUGUCGAAAUAAGAGCAUUACAGUAAUUCCAGAAAUAGCAGAUAAAUCAACAAACAUGUUUGUAGAAGCAAAUGAUAUGGAAUUAAGGCCUUCAAAGUUUUCUUUUUCCUCUUCUUUUAAGUCCAUUGCUGAUGUUGAAACUAGUGUAACCACAUUAAAUGAAACUAAUAUGCAUGUCAUAACUAAUACUAAAAAUAUAAAUGUUCCAUCUCAUUUUAAGCUCAAUAAAAGAUCAUUAUUUUCUUCUACACUUCAAGUACUAAGUAAUGAGGAAAUAAAAAAUAGAAAAGUUAAAAGAAAAGAUAAAAAGACUAGAUGUAAGCCAAAGAAAGAAAAAGUAGGCUUCAAAAUGGAUGAUUCCGAAAAAAAUCAAGAUAUUAAAACUCGUAACUCAAAACCAAUACUAAAUGAAUCUUUUAUUACUUCAGAUAAAGAUAUAAACGCCGUCCCAAUAUUGGUAGAUAAAAUAACAUACAUAGAAAGCAGAGAUUUACUAGUAACGACUACUCGAGAACAAAGUUCUAAAAUAGUACCAACAGAAGACAUGGGAAAUAAAAGCAUGAAUGACAGUGACAAAAAUAUAACACUUUCUAUCGACUUAAAAUUAUGUCAUAGGAAAGAUAACAAAAAUGUGCAUAAAUUAAAAAACAUUAGAAAUUCUACUGUCAAUUAUCAACAUCAAAGUAGUAACACGCCUUUAUCAAGAAAACAACACUUUUCGUACGCUAAUUCUUUAAUCACAUCAAAUCAAGAUCAAGUUCAUUCAAGCAGAAUUAAUCCAAUUAAUACUUUGAAAUAUAACGAUGAUAAAUUGAAACAGUCUGAAGAAACACCGAAGUCCAAUCUUUUAUCAGAUUAUAAUAACCGUCAUAAUGAAAUCAACCCUUUGAAUGAUGAUAAGGAAUCGUUAUGUUUAAAGGAUAUUUACACAUUUGCAUCUACACAUAGACUUAAAGCCAAUAAGAAAAGAAGGAACAGGAGAGAUAUGACUGAACCGAACGCAACAGCCACUUUGUUUAGCUACCCUAUUCCUGAUUCAAAAUAUGUGGAUAAACAGAAUCAAAGUACUUCAGCGAUGGUUGAUAAUAGUACAUCAGGAAUGUUUAAUGCAACCUUCGAGUCUGCAAUUCAAACUAAUGAAGAACCGAGAAAAAAGGAAACAUUAAUUGAGAUUCAAAAAGAUAAACAGAUACAUGUUUCUGUUUUGGGUGAACCAAAAAUUGUUGUAGUCGGUGUUAAUCUUGCCGCAGCUCCUGAUCAUCGUAAAAAGAGGUCUAAAAUGACGGCUUGUAAGGCAACAGAACAAUCUGUUACAUCGUUUCAUCAGAGUGAACGAUCUGACGAAAGCUCCCGGAAAUCAUUUGAAGACUCCCGAAACCGGGAAGAGAACAUAUUAAAAGCUUUCGUGGAACCUACACCAGGGGAAUCGAUACAAAUCCCAACAAAACUACAGAAUGAGAAUCUGAAAACGUAUUCCAAUGAUGAAUGUUAUCUGCCCCUGCUCAUUUCAGCUGACAGAAUAUCUACAUCGCCGGAUUAUCGUCUAUCUUCAUUCAUGGAUGAAAGCAGUUUUCAACACAAAUUCACCCAAAUGUUGUCAUUCCCAAAUACUGGAUUUGCGGCAUCUAUAUCCAAUCGCGAGGGUCAGAAAGUUUCGGAAAAGAUACCAAAAUCAGUGAUAAAAGCUGACCCGUUAUUAUUAUGUCAAACGCAUAAGAAACUUAUAGUUUUACAUUCGAUAAACUUUACCAUGAAUCCUUUCACAUCAACAAAUAAGCCAAAACAAAUCUCUGAUGAUCUAACAAAUAAUAAAGCUGAACCCAUGACAGAGUCUAUCAAUAAAAAUGUAAGAUAUCAUACUAAACGAAAGUCAAAUCGAAUAGAUUUGAAAAGAUUUGAUAAAAAAAUCAAAUUCGACAAACUCUUAGCUGCUAAGGUUGAACCUGAUAAAAUGUUUAUUCCGUCAAAACUAGGAACCGAUCCAAUAGUCGCAAGGCUAAAAGCCACAAACAGGAUUCGUAAGAAUAAAAUGGCAUCACGCAGGGUUAUGUUACGCAGUACCAAAUUGCGUUCGGACCGAAAAAAACUUGCGCAAUUAUUUGGCAAACGAAGAUCAGUGGUGGAGGUGGUAGCGGCGGCGGUGCCCCCCGCGGCCGGCGCGCCCACCGCCGUCGACGAGGAGGAGUGGGAGUUCGAGGAGGAAGAGGAAGAAGAGUGGCCUCACCCACCCUGGCUGCCUCACCCGGAACCAAUAUUCAAAACCAACGUUGAAUUUCUCAACUCUUUCUUCACAACCCACAAAGCUGAGCUCAUCCGGUUCGCUUUGAACAAAUCGUUUAUCGAUCUCAGAACUCAGAUGAAACGUAUUCACCUGUACCAGCAUAAUUUGAAGGAGCUGAGCAUCAUGAUGUCUGAGGGUGUGACUGAGCUGGAGGUGUUGAAGGAGCCGGAGAGUAUAAUUCCGUCAGCUGUGAUGGGGUUUGGUCAGCCGGCCGUGCCGCCGCCACCGACGGGGCACCGCGGCUGCAUUCAGCGCCAGAGGGCGCUGGAGACCAACCUGGACGCCGUCACCACCCUCUUCACUUGCGACCGCGCCGACACCUGCUCGUGCAACUCACACUCCAACCUCAUCGGAAAACGGUUGAUCCUAAAUCUGGAUUCUAUGAACACCAUGUUCACCAGCUGCAAGCCUAACCUCAAGGCGUGUGUGUGCGGCCCUCCCCCGGACAACAGGUACAAGCAGUGGCCGAUCUACAGCCUGACUGAGAUCAAAACUUACCGUGGGUUUGGAGAUAAAUUUGGCCUGAAGGAGGCGGCAGAAAGUUUGUCAUCUGAAGAUGAAGAGAGUGAUACAGAAUCAUCGGAUUCAUCUUGUGAUCUAUGUUCAGAACCAUCGGAACAUAAAAUUACAAAUAAAGUAGAUGAUUCAGUGCCAAAUAAAGAGCAAAAGAUCAAAAAAAGAGUAACAUACUGCUUGCCUGAUGAAGAUGAGAGCAUAAAUAAUGAAAACGAGACUCAAAAUACUACGACCACCACAAGAUAUCAGCAUAAAAUAAUUAAAUCAUUCCAUAACGUGAAAAAGAAAUCAAAAGAACAAAAUAUAUGGGAUAUUCCCAACUUAAAGUUAAACCCCUUUCCAAUUAUUGAAGUCGAAACAAUGUUCAUGAAAUCACUUCGGUCCCAGUUGACUAAGAAAAAUUUCCAAGAAACUGAACGGGAACGGGAGUGCUAUUGUCGACAAAAAUCAAAAUCCGUUCAGUUCAACACUGCAGAGUGUACCCCGAGGAUAUUUUCAGAUAUAAAAACGACUACAACUGCUGCCUUGACAUCUCGGUGGUGUCUCCCGAUCCCUCAUGCUUGUCCUGUUGGUAAUCCAUAUUGUACGUACCUGUACGGUGAGCCCCGAUGUGUUGUGCAUGAACCAAACUGUGAUGUGACCAUCCAGCGAAUCCACAUGGAGAGUGUGUCCACAGACAACUCACCCGUUGUGCAAGAUAGCAGCUGCCAAUGCCGCCUACUGGUGCCAAGAAAGAAGCAGCCAAUAAAGCAGCUGGUGGACAAGACAACGUACUGCGAGCAACGUCGCCGACGCGUUGCCAAGCUGCGGACGUCAGAUGACUUGCUCAACCAAGUGCUGCCGGGAAGCUAUGAUGCGGUCGCCGUGACGAAGAAGUCUGUGGGGAAACCGGUUGUGAGCAAUGCGUCUACGUCCACAGACAAGGGGACUUCAAAACCCAAGCCUCAACCAGACGUAGUGAAAAUAUCUGCAAACAUGUCCAGUAGAGGGACGCAGCAAAAGUGCCACCAGUCUCACACAAACCGAAGCAACAUCAAAAGGGCUGAGACUUCCAAGUGUUGUCAAACUGUUGAACUAUGUCCCACCUAUAGCAGUGUCGACCUGGCUCAAGAUGAGGACAGGGAAACCCUGCGGUCUGUGUAUUGUCUGUUGUCCGCCAUUGAUGGAAGAGUCCGACGAAUGAACAACACUCUGCACUUACGGUUAUAGGGUUUUUUUUAUCUUUGUUUUUCAUGUUUUAUUUAUACGCAUUUAGGUUCGACUGUUGGUGUUUGGGUAUACUCGUCGUCCAUGGUACUGGGUUCUCUUGUCUAAGGGGUUCUCCCACGCUUUGAGUGUUUGUGGUUAUUUAAACCGAGUGUCCAUUACUGAUACAGUUGUACCUAAAUUCGGAGUGUAAAUUUUACCUAAGUAGAUUUAUCUUGUACCUAACUAACGAUAUUAUUAUUAUGAUUUUUCACUGGUAGCUCUGCAAUGUCCUUUAGACAAGGUAAUAUCAAGAUUUUUAGUCCUGUAAUGUUCAUGUGUAGGUUUUACCUUUAUUACCUAAAUGCCGGUUCUAUAUUUUAAAUUUUAUAGGAAUUUACACAAUAAAAAGUUUUGUUAUUGCA